UUAAUAGCAAUUGCAAUGACGUUACGCAAUGUUUUGACUAUUAUUGUUAGCAAUCAUAACAUAACAGAUGAAUACAAUCAUCGCUACCAUUGAUGGCAAUCAACGGUUCAGUCGAUGACCAGCAGCUGGUGAUGCCCUUUGUUUGGCAUCACUUCGACUUUGUAGCCAAAUGUGUGGCCAUUUCGACUUCAGCGGACACGACUGUUCCGCAAAUCACGUGUUUCGAUGUCAACAACAAUUACUUCAUCGUCGGUACCGCCGCUGGUCUGGUGUUUGUCUUUCGCAGACAUCAGACGGCCAACAAUAUCUUCAUUAAAUAUCGGCUGACAUCGAGUCCGAUAAUUGCCAUCAAACUGAUUACUGACGAUCUCUUAGGUUUUAUCACACAAUCAGUUGUUUAUAUCUUAAACCGAGCGAACCAUAAGUUUCUUUACGGUUGGAAGUGUCCGACAAAAGCCAUUAUCAAAUGUCUUCAUACGUAUACAAGUUGUAACAGAUUGAUGGUCUUUAGUGGUGAUUCUGAUGGAUGUCUUCGAUAUCAUGAUCUCAUAAAAGGCGAACAAAUAAUUAUCUUCAAAGACUUGGGUUACGCUGUCGUUCAGAUCGAGUCCAUCGAUGCGGACAAGCUUUUGGUGUCCACUUCACUUCGGACUGUAAUCGUAGUCAUUGAUUGGUUGGACACAACAAAAACUCGUGUAACAACUAUUGGCAAAAACGAGCGAAAGACUUGCGGAAAGUUUGGCGCCGUUUAUAGUCAUAUAACUGGUAUUAUUUAUGGCUCGCGGCCAUCGAUGCAUCUGAUCAAAGCACAGACUAGCGGUGAAGUGAUGGAAACAAUUAGAGUCAAUAAUAUUAAACAAUCUGAUUGUCCGGAACUGUUGCAAGACUUGAGCGAUAAGCCAAUUACAGGUCAAUUAAAGUAUAAGUUAGGAGUUUUGAAGAUGUUGUGUAACGAUACCUAUAUAUUAUCGAUCAAUGGAUCAGAUUUGGUGAUUGUUAAGAUUGACGGACAGUUUUGUUUGCGCGAAAGACUCAAUGGUCUGAUUGAUGUGAAAAUAUCGGAUACCAAUAAUAAUGAGGCGUUUUUGUUGUUUGAAUCAAAUGAUAUCAUCAGAAUCCGUGACAUUCGCACACAAUCUGAACAGUUGUCAGACUUUGAGGUCAGCAGUUCCGAUAGUGACCGAAGUGGCUCUGAGUUGGGACGACUCAUCGGUUGCGAUGAUAAUAGUUUCCGAAGCUCUACGGAAUCGUUGAUAAAUUUGAUGAAAACACCGCUUAAUAAUAUGAAUCCUAUUUCAUUCAUUGAUGAAGAGCUAAGAAAAGUGUUUGAUUUCAAUAAAAUUCAAAUCAAUUUAACUAAAAAGUAUAAUCAAUUGUCAACAUCGAUAAUAUCAACAUUAGAGCCAAAUUUGCUGCCAAAUUGUGAUAAAAACAAUGUAUUUGUUGAACCAUUUAACGAAGACACAGUCGAUGUUGCUGUCAGUCUAACCAAAGAUAAUGUUGAUAUAACAGAUCCUCUUGUGAUCACAAAGAAACAAAAACGAAAAACACAUUACGCCAGCAAUUGUUCACUUUCGACCACUAUUUCAGAUAAAGACUCGACGAGUGACAGUCAAACCAUUACCGUUAACAAUACCAAUGAAGAUAUCUCUCAGCUAUUGUUGGAUAAUCUUAAAAUUGAAGAUAAAAAUGAUGUCAAUUCUGUUGACAACUCGAUUAGCGAAGAAAAUCAACUACAGAUGAUAUUAAGUGCCUAUAAAGAAGCAAAUAAUUUAUUGGAUUCAACAGCUGAUUCUGGAGUACUGGACAAUGAGUUGAUUACUAACUCAAUUAAAAUGUUUAUCUCUAAAGAUAAUAAUAAUCACGAAUUAGUAGUAGAAAACAAUAAUGAAUGUCAUAAUCAGUCAUCAGAUUUACCUGAAUUGUCUGAUUCGGUUAGCGAACAAAGUGGUGAAGUACUCGAAGAUAAUAAUAAUACUGAAGACAUUAUCCGUCCCGUUAACUAUGAAUGGGAAUUAAUCAUAUGUUUGUCAGAUGUCUGCAAAUUACUUAACUGUAGUGAUUUUAUCUCACUUUGCGCCGCCGGUUAUAAUAGUAGCCAAGAAAUAGGUUUGGUUUGGUUUACACCGAAAGAGAGUAACUAUUUAGUCUAUUAUCCAUCCCUUGACACUCCGUUAUCGUUAAACAAACUGCAAGCGGUGGACAUCUGUUGCGCCCCUAAUGUACUCUACGUUCUGAGCAAUUGGGGAACAAUCUAUCGCAGGGACGGUAUGGACGCGACCAGACCUGUGGGCAACAAAUGGCAACAAUUGAAAAAUAUUAAGAAUAAAUCUAAACUAAUAUCCAUUAGUAUUAACACAAGUGAUUCAGUCUUGUGGUGCUGUGAUAUGAACGGCGAAAGUUGGACUCACACAAUAAGAGACCAGAAGUGGUUAAAAAUUACUGACUUUAGUUCGCACGCAAUUAUGAUGAAAAAGGUUUGCGUAUCACUUACUGAUUCAAACAUUGUUUGGGGUAUCGAUAGGUCCGGUAAAAUUUUUGUCCGCAAUUUCUGUGAUAAUCAUAAUAAUCAACAAAAGCGCGACUUUUGCGGUGAUAAUUGGUUAUUAGUGGACGGCAUUCUUGCCAACGAUAUUGUUGUCUUCGAUAAGUUUGUAAUUAUUAUUGUAGAAAAUCAUCUAUUAUUUCGCAGAAGUGCCAAAUAUGGUGAUAAUGAUUGGCAGCAAGUGAUGGGACCGGAACUUUGCAAUGAAGACCACUACAUGUCUUUAUCAGUCACUCAAAACAAUGAUAUAUGGAUUAUGACUGCCAGAGGUCUAGUUUGGCACACAAUGGUUCUCAAGAAUAAGAUUACCAUUAAAGAAGAGGACUCUGAAUGGAUAAUCAUUUGAUUAUUUUUAUCAAUUUAUUAUUUUCAUAAAUAGAAAUUUUAUCGCAAUUUUUACAAUCAGCUAA